CCCCCAUCAUCAGUUUCCAUAGCUGCCGAAGGCCUGGAUUGCGUCAUCCAUCCCUGCAGGAUGAUCACCUUUGUCCUGAGAAAGGCUGUCGCAGACAGAGAGGAAGAGAUGGAGGUGGACACACAGACUGAUAUGGAGGAGGAGAUGGAAGUGGAUGGAGAACACACUGGAGAGGAAGAGAUGGAGGUGGAUGUUGAAGAGGAUAUGGAUGUGGAAAUGGAAGAGUACACUAAGGACAUGGACAUUGAUGGAAAAGAUGAAGAGGAGGCCAUGGUCCUGGGAUGAAGACCGAUGCC